AUGGGUCUUGGACCCCCAGCCAGUUUACUUUCAGAGAAACCAGCAGCUCUCAUCAUGAACACUACCACGCAGGACGAAUACAGCAGUGCUCAAGUGCAGAAACUGGGCCAGCCGGGCAUCACUGCUUCAGCCGCAGCUUCCAUACACAACCCAGUUUAUGACGAAGGCGCAGAGAGUUCGCUCAGGAUUGAUUUGCCGCACGGUGUCAGAACUGUCGAGGCGGUAACUUCAGUUUGGUCCAAAAGAGCAUUGACGGUUGCUAUGAUCCUCUUUUAUAUCUUUCUCUUUGCGGUGUCCUUGCAGCAAGAAGUCACUACCAACCUAGCUCCUUAUGUCACCUCAUCCUUUGAACUCCACUCCCUCACUGCAACGACACAAGUGAUUGCUGGCGUUAUCGGGGGUGUUUCCAACCUACCGAUCGCUAAGGUUCUUGAUCUUUGGGGUCGAACCGAAGGAUUCUCAGUCAUGACUGUUUGUUGUACCAUCGGAUUGGCCAUGAUGGCGGCAUGUCGUAAUGUCCAAGUGUACGCAGCUGCGCAGGUGCUAUACUGGGUGGGAUACAAUGGAUUGGAGUACAUUAUAAGUAUUUUCAUUGCGGAUGCGACCUCCUUACUCAGUCGCUCCGUGAUUCUGGGAAUAUCACAAACACCAUACUUGGGUACGGCCUUUGCCGGCCCUCCAAUUGCUCAGUGGUUUCUAGAUCACAGCAGCUUCCGAUGGGCAUACGGUAUGUUUGUCAUAACAACACCCAUCUUUGCGGCGCCUAUUGUGCUACUAUUUUUGCACAACCAGCACAAGGCCGCGACCAUCGCCCGUGUCGUAGAAACUCCCUCACCAGAAAACCACAGCCAUUGGCAUUCGUUGAAGACGCACUGCAAGUCCUUGGAUUUAAUGGGCAUGCUGCUUCUCAUGGCCGGCUUUGUGCUUCUGCUUUUGCCGCUCAGUUUGGCCGCACGAGCCCCCGACGGCUGGCGGACCGGUUACAUCGUUGCGAUGUUAGUUCUCGGAGUCAUAUUCUUGAUUGCUUUCGCCGCAUGGGAGAAAUGGAUGGCUCCUGCCACGCUACUCCCCUUCCGAUUCCUCACGGAUCGAAGUGUGAUCGGUGCCUGCGUGGUUGCCUGCGGCCAAUUUAUCAGUUUCUACUGUUGGGCGUCGUAUCUCAUAUCUUAUCUCCAGGUGGUUCAUAGGCUAAGUGUCCAGCAUGCAGGCUAUGUGUUGGAUGCUUACACGCUAAUGUCUUGCUUCUGGGCGGUCAUGACGGGGCUACUCAUUCAGAAAAGCGGCCGGUUCAAAUGGCUUGGGGUCUGCGCGGUACCCUUGAUGCUUCUUGGUACUGGCCUUCUCAUUUACUUCCGAGCUGCUGGGACACCCAUUGGAUAUGUGGUUAUGUGUCAGAUCUUGAAUGGUGUCGCUGGAAGUACCCUGUUAGCGGCCCAGCGCAUGGCCGCCCAAGCUGUGGUCAACCACGAGGAAGUGGCGGUCGUAACAGCCUUGAUUGGUCUUUUUUCCUCCCUGGGUGCAGCCAUUGGAUCGACGAUUGCCACUGCGAUCUGGACGAAUCUGAUGCCCCGAUAUUUGAUGAUCUAUUUACCGGCCACGGACCUAGACAUGCUCCCGAUCAUAUACGGCAGCAUCGUCCAGCAGCUUCAAUAUCCUUGGGGUAGCCCAACCCGGGAUGCGAUCGUACACGCCUAUGGCGACGUUCAGCGCCGGCUGCUCAUUGCGGGUACAUGCUUCGUUCCCCUUGUGCUCGGCGGGGUACUACUCUGGAAGGACACUCAGGUGAAGGGGAUGAAACAGACGAAAGGGACUAUUUAUUAG